AUGGCGAUGAUGAUGACUGGCCGUGUGCUGCUGGUGUGUGGCCUCUGCGUGCUGUGGUGCGGUGCCGGCGGUGUUUAUGCGAGGGGUACUCUCAACAACGCAGUUGGUGGCUGCAUGGCGUCAGGAGGGUUUGGAGGGAAAAUGUCUUAUUUGUCGAGCGGAUGUGAUAAAACCGAAGUCGGGCUGGCAAUGCGUUCUAUUUUGCUCAUCACUACUGCAGAAGCUUCGGAUGACGAAGACGUUUCUAAUACCGUCGACACUGAUUCCCAGUCAAGUCAAAUUUUAAAUGAGGGCACUGCUGGUGGCGGUGGUUCUGGUGGAAGUGGAGGUAUUGUUAACAAUUUCGGUGGCGACAGGGAAGAUGUUCGUGGUCAUUCGGAUUCUCUUUCCCCUGAUGAUUUGUCCUCAUCCCCCAUUCUCAACGAUGUUGUUGAUUCAAAUACUCUCAGCGGUACUUUAUCUGCUAAGAGCAGGAAAUCCCCGGAAAAGGAUCCGAAGUCAGAAGAAAUAUCUGCAGGACACUUGUCGCCCGAAUUGAAGGCACUGGAACAGACACUACCCAAGGCACAGGAACAGUCCUCUCAUACAAUAGAAAAGGCAGUAAAUCAAGUUGUUCGUGGUGCACCUGGAGAAGGUGUAAAGCAGCGUGAAAUGGGAACCACAGGUCCUUCCAGCAACCAACCUGCACCACCACCACCGCAGCCACAAAUAAUAACAUCACCAGAAGUGACACAAACGCCGGCCGAUCCACCAGAGAAGGGAGGUCUACCAGCACCAACGGAAUCACGGAAUAAGAAGGAUCAACCGCUAGAAAACUUGCCGUUACCAACUAAAACGGAGCCCGAAGCACUGGAAACAUCUUUAGGGGAUAAAGUGCCAGAACGAAAACGUCAUGAAAAAGCCCCAGCGGAUUUAAUGAAGAAUGCAGUUACCGACAACCCAGGAAAAACAACAGCAACACCCAUCUCUACAACUGACAGUGGAGAUGCCCACGAAAAGGAGGGCAAGGAUGAUGACACCGAUGAACGGCCUGCCUCCAAAGAACACAACAUCAGUCCCGAAACUGGUAAUACCAACGAUGCUCUUACAGCCAGUGAGACAGAACCACAAAGAGCAGAAACAACAGCCACCACCGUCGCCAAAAAAAAUGAUACGACACCUGGUGAUAGUGACGGCAGCACCGCGGUCUCCCACACCACCUCCCCUCUUUUGCUUCUUCUUCUUGUUCCGUGUGCGGUUGCUGCUGCGGUGGUGGCCGCGUGA